CGUGGGUCUUCUGUCAGUCAUUGGCUCCCUGCGGUUUCCUUGGGGACGUGGCGCCGCCGCCGGCCCGGGCCCUCCUUCCGGCUGGGCAAGGGGCCGCGGGGAGCAGCUCGGAGCUGAACCGAGCGGUGCCGAAGGAACCGGCGGGCCGCUUGAUCCCGUGAGUGUGGGCGCGAGAGGGCUGUGGGACCCGAAGGGACGGGGAGAGGAAGCGGGACCCACACCCCGCCACCUGGGGACGACCGGUUCCUAGAGGGCAGAGCUGGCCCACGAGAACGCCCCGCUCCCAGGAUGCCCGGGCUGCAGACGUAGGAGAUGCCUCGGACAAGGAGGCCACCUUCUCAGGGCAAAAGAAAAAGAAGGUGACAGGCGUUGAGACCACCGAAGGGAACCCAUGGCUAGGAUCAGUUUUUCCUACCUCUGCCCAGCCUCCUGGUACUUCACUGUGCCCACAGUGAGUCCAUUUCUCCGUCAGCGGGUGGCAUUCCUGGGACUCUUCUUCAUAUCCUGUCUCCUUUUACUUAUGUUAAUCAUAGACUUUCGACAUUGGAGUGCUUCAUUACCACGAGAUAGGCAAUACGAAAGGUAUUUGGCUCGAGUAGGGGAGCUUGAAGCUACUGAUACUGAAGACCCAAAUCUGAAUUAUGGACUUGUUGUUGACUGUGGCAGCAGUGGUUCCCGGAUUUUUGUUUAUUUCUGGCCAAGACAUAAUGGGAACCCCCAUGACUUGCUGGACAUCAAACAGAUGAGAGACCGCAACAGCCAACCAGUGGUUAAAAAAAUCAAGCCAGGAAUCUCUGCAAUGGCAGACACUCCAGAACAUGCCAGUGAUUACCUUCGUCCUCUGCUGAGCUUUGCUGCUGCUCAUGUGCCCGUGAAGAAGCACAAGGAGACCCCUCUUUACAUCCUCUGCACAGCAGGCAUGAGGCUUCUCCCUGAGAGGAAGCAGUUGGCUAUCUUGGCUGACCUAGUGAAAGAUUUACCACUGGAGUUUGACUUCCUCUUUUCACAGUCUCAAGCAGAAGUGAUCUCUGGGAAGCAGGAAGGGGUUUAUGCAUGGAUUGGAAUCAACUUUGUUUUGGGAAGAUUCGACCACGAGGAUGAAUCAGAUGCUGAGGCUACCCAGGAAUUGGCAGCAGGACGGAGAAGGACAGUAGGGAUACUGGAUAUGGGAGGAGCCUCUCUCCAAAUUGCUUAUGAAGUUCCUACCUCAACCUCUGUCCUUCCUGCAAAGCAGGAAGAAGCUGCCAAGAUCCUGCUGGCUGAGUUCAACCUGGGCUGUGAUGUGCAACACACUGAACACGUGUACAGGGUUUAUGUCACAACUUUUCUGGGUUUCGGAGGCAACUUUGCCCGGCAGCGCUACGAAGACCUCGUUCUGAAUGAAACUCUUAACAAAAACAGAUUGCUGGGUCAGAAGACAGGUCUGAGUCCCGACAAUCCAUUUCUGGAUCCCUGCCUGCCAGUGGGACUCACAGAUGUGGUGGAGAGGAACAGCCAAGUCUUGCAUGUCCGAGGAAGAGGAGACUGGGUGUCUUGUAGGGCAAUGCUGAGCCCCCUCUUGGCUCGCUCCAACACCAGCCAGGCCUCACUCAAUGGCAUCUAUCAAUCGCCAAUUGACUUCAACAACAGCGAGUUCUACGGCUUCUCUGAGUUUUUUUAUUGUACAGAGGAUGUGUUGCGCAUUGGUGGCCGCUACCAUGGGCCAACAUUUGCCAAGGCUGCUCAGGAUUACUGUGGCAUGGCUUGGUCGGUACUAACUCAGAGAUUCAAGAAUGGCCUCUUUUCAUCACAUGCAGAUGAGCAUCGACUCAAAUACCAGUGUUUUAAAUCAGCUUGGAUGUACCAAGUCUUACACGAAGGAUUCCACUUUCCCUAUGACUACCCAAACCUGCGGACAGCCCAGCUGGUGUAUGACCGAGAGGUUCAGUGGACGCUGGGAGCCAUUCUAUAUAAAACACGAUUCUUACCACUCAGGGAUCUUCGGCAGGAAGGUGUCCGACAAGCCCAUGGUAGCUGGUUCCGUCUCUCCUUUGUAUACAACCACUAUCUCUUCUUUGCCUGUAUCCUGGUGGUGCUACUGGCCAUCGUCCUAUACCUUCUGCGGCUACGACGAAUUCACCACCGACAAACACGAGCCUCAGCUCCAUUGGACUUGCUGUGGCUUGAAGAGGUGGUGCCCAUGAUGGGAGUACAGGUGGGGCCGUGAGGCUGGACCAGGACUAGAAAAGUUUGAGCACCCCCGCGUUGCUGCUCAUUGAAUUCCUCCACUUUCUUAUAUGGCCUCAGAUGCUGUGAUGUCUGACCUUGUGGAUAUUUGCCCUUGGAAUUUCUACUUUACUUUCUACCAUAAUUCCUUCUCCGUACCCAGGUCUUCUCUGAGAGAAGCUAUAAUUUAAUCUGUGAGGAACUAAAUGACAGGAGAUUGGUGCUAAUACCAGGGACCAAGCUUUGUCCAAGUGAAGCAGGCUUUGACUCCUUCUGAGAGGUCUGAUGUGUUCCUGGAAUCUCACUUUUUCUUCCCUUGCUAAAGCAUGAAGUUUGGCAUUGGGCACACUGGAAGCCUGGUUGAAAUGAAAACUUGUAGCAUCUGAUACAAAGCCAGAGACAUUCUAGCAAGUGCAGCAGCCCCUUCUUUCUCUGUAACAGAGAUAUCAUUUAUGUGGAGAUCCACAGCCUUUAACAGGGAUCCAAGAUCUUUGCAGUUCAAUGGACCACAUAGGAAUUUCCAGGCACCAAAAUGAUAUAACUUCCUUGCUUACUUGACAAAGAAGCCAUCAUGGGUGUGAUCCAAGAUCCCUGUCAUAGUGUUGAUGAUGUUAGUACAUGACUUUAAAGGUUAGAACCCCUUCUAAAUGAAUGGUCUGUGGAAGAUUUAGUAUCUAUGCCUGGUAUGACGAGGAUAUAAAAUUUUUCCAUUUUUAUGUGCCUCACAGGCCGUUUGGGCAUUAAUUUUGCUUUUUGAGCCUUAAGUGUGUUAGUAGGAUGGAGAAACUGUGAUGGGGACUGGGAACCUGGAUUUUUCUGAUUUUAGGUCACUGUUCCCUGGGCCUGUUUUUGUGAGCCCUUACACAGGAAGGUACAAAGAGAGUUCUUUCAUUUCACUGCGAAAAUCAGUAUGUAGUUUGGGGAAUGUAUUUGGGUUGUUUUUAAAGAAAAGGGGAACAGAAUCAGGAGACUGGGCAAAGGCAAUAAAAUCAAAGUUCUUAUUAAUUAUUUCUGAGAAAUAGAAGUUUCUCAAUUUCUGACUCUUGGAAUGUCUGAAAGGGAGCAAAUUUGGAAUAGAUCAAUCUGUUAAUAAGCCAUCUGGCAACUUUCAGAACCUCUAUUAAGAGAUUGCUGAGUCACAAACAGCACUUCAAUUAAUGAAGCAAGAGGAAAAGCCAUAAUAAUUACAUCUUCACCCACUACCCUUCCAGAGCUUUGCUUCUCCUCCACAUUUAGCCAUUAAAUUGCAUGAGGAUUUCUCUUCAUCAGGGUCCGCAUGGAAUCUUUCUUAUAUUUUACCCUUUCCUACAUGUAGCCUUGAAUGUCCUGUCCACGAAUAUGCUCCCAGGGCUGGGAGCAUUUUCUUUUCUUUUCGUCACCUUUGAUUUCUGGGAUUAGAUUAAUAGGGGAAAAAGUCCCUGGCUUUAAAGAAAACAAAAGUAGAAUUCUUCAAAAAUAAAUUUCAUACUGGGAACAGAAAGGAAUUAAAUGCUUCAUAAAACAGGGAAAAAGAAAUUAAGAUCAUCCUAGAAAUAAACUAAGAUAAAAAUAAGUAUACUGACCCUUGGUUGGUAGAUAAAAAGAUGACCAGUCUUGUAUUGUUUUAAAAUUAGAUAAACAUGGAUUAAGCAUGCAGACUCUGUUCCUUUUUUUUUUUCUUGGAGACAGGGCCUCAUGCUGUCACCCAGGCUGGAGUGCAGUUGUGCAACAUCAUGGCUCACUGCAGCCUCAACCUCCUGGGCUCAAGCAGUCCUCCCAACUCAGACUCCAGAGUAGCUGGGACUACAGGUGUGUGCCACCACACUCAGCUAAUUUUUUAUUUUAUUUUUUUAGAGAUGGAGCCUAUGUUGUCCAGGCUGGUCUCAAACUCUUGGACUCAAGCAAUCCUCCCGCCUCAGCCUCCCAAAGUGCUGGGAUUACAGGCAUGAGCUACUGCACCUGCCCUCUGUUUCCUUUGGAAAUCUCUUACCUUUCAUUAGGGUUUCUUUCAUAGCAAUUUCCUUUGGUUUUUAAGACUUCUACAUUGCUUUGAUUUUCUUUUAUUAUCUGUGCUCCGUGAACCUUAUGAACGCUGCUUAAAAAUAAUGUCAAAAUACGUUUUAGCUGCCUACUCAGGUAACAUUUUCUUUUGCCCUCAUCUUGGUUUCCAUAUACUAUUUUUGUUUUUUUUGUGAGAUCUAAUCAGUGAUCUAGUCAGAAGCUACUUAACUGGGUAACAGUGAUCAUGUUCAUGUGCUAAAAAUGAACUUGAAACAGGGAAGUAGUGAUUGGUCCAAUUUGAAAGCUCUUAUUAGUAUUCUUCAUCCUGGCUGUAAUAAUAGCCAUUAUUUGUUAUGCCUUUGUUAUGUAGCAGACACUCUUAAGGAUUUUAUGUGUAUUAUUCAAAUUGCUAUUACUGUUCUUUUUAUAGUUGAGAAUCUCAGGAUACCUACAUUUAUCACUUUUUCAAUAUAUAUGUAUUUCUUAUUCUUA